AUGACAGGCUGCGCAUCCCACACUCUGCAAUGGAUUGGGCAACUGUGGGAGUACGAGACACCCAAAGUGAUUGUGGUAAAGAAUCGUCACCUGGGGACCAUUUACAGGCUUCUGCAGCUGCUCAUCAUUGUGUACUUUGUGUGGUAUGUGUUUGUGGUCCAGAAGGGGUACCAGGCAAAGGAAACUGGCCCAGAAAGUGCCGUAAUUACAAAAGUUAAAGGAGUGUCCAUAUCCAGAGUGCAUAGAGGACUAAAAAGGAUUUGGGAUGUAGCUGAAUAUGUGAAGCCUCCAGAGGGGGGAAGCAUCUUUACUAUUAUAACCAGGACAGAAAGCACCAAACUGCAGACUAUGGGGACCUGUGCAGAGAGUAGGACUGUACCUGAAGCCCAGUGCAUCAAUGAUGAGGACUGUGUCAAGGGAGGGGUGCAUAUACUUGGCAAUGGGGAACAGACGGGGCGCUGUAUCCAAGCUGGGAGGGGGUCACUGAAAACCUGUGAGAUUAUUGGUUGGUGCCCACUGGAAGAUGAAACUGUUACCAGUGAAUCAUUGCAAGAAUUUGUUCCAAGCUUCACUAUUUUAAUCAAGAACGUUAUCCACUUUCCUCAAUUUGGAUUUUCCAAGGGCAACAUAGAGGGGCAGGAUUUCUUGAGGAACUGCACCUAUCAUCCCAUCUCCUCACCUUCAUGUCCCAUAUUCACCGUGGGCUUCAUUGUGAGUGAGGCUGGUGUCAACUUCACAGAAAUAGCAUAUAAGGGUGGAAUUAUAGGGGUUAUCAUUAACUGGAAUUGUAAUUUAGAUUUGCAUCCUUCAAAUUGUCAUCCACAAUAUUCAUUCCGAAGACUUGACUUGCAGAGCAAAGUGUCCUCUGGAUACAACUACAGAUAUGCCAAAUAUUACAAAAAGAAUGGUACAGAGUCUCGCACCCUCAUCAAGGUGUAUGGAAUUCGUAUUGAUGUGAUUGUCCAUGGAGAGGCUGGGAAAUUCAGUCUUAUCCCAACCAUCAUUAACCUGGCCACAGCACUGACAUCUAUUGGUGUAGGAUCUGUACUCUGCGACUGGAUAUUACUGACAUUCAUGAACAAGAACAACAUGUACAGCAUGCGGAAAUACGACGAGGUACGGAAGGGGAAGGGGCAGGAGCCAAGCCCACCAAAUCUAACUUCAGCUAGCUCCCCGCAGUCCUGCGCUACUUCUCAAUCUCUUUGCACUCCUCAAGAAUCUGCAUACAGAGACAGUAGCCCCGAAAAUGACAGCAGAGUAUCACCAGAGGGACAUACGCAGACAACAUUGGAAGGGACAGAGCAGCCUCCUGGAAGCUGAUACUUUGAAAGCUCUGUCCUCAUCAACCCGAAAUUAAAAAUGAAAUAAAUUGAUAACAUUGCUAUUAGACAGUUGUUUCAAUGCCAACUGUAUGCUCAAGGGAAUAACAGGGUAAGGGGCAUAGCAUUGGUGGGAGGGUGAAGAGCAUGACACACGGGGAAGAUGUUCUAGUGACAAUGGAAACCAU